AUCCCACGUUACGAAUCGUUGAUUUUGUGUGCGUGGCUAUGAUGAUACUUAUUCGAGACGAGCUUCUCGAAAGUGAUUACGCGGGAUGUCUCAGUAUGUUGAUGCGAUACCCACCUGUCCCGGAUGUAGACUUUUUAGUAAAACAAGCAAUAUAUCUCCGGGAUCAUAUGACAACUGACGGUGGUGCUCAAGUAAUUCUGCAGAAUGCAAUUCGAUCUGGUAAAACUAUCACACCACAUAUCACCACCGAUGCUACUGAUCGUGAGCCAAAUCGUAAUUCCAUCUCGACUGGCUCGUUGGACGGUCUGGUUCCGGAUGGAUUUGUGCAUGUUACCAAAAAUGUGCUAGAAAGUCGAAGUGCUGUCGCGCUUAAUAAGGCGAUUCUCUCUGCUGUUGGGGAAGUAAAGAAAAAUGUGCUUAGACGUCCAGAGAAUUUAUCACAUGAAAAUCAAUCUGCUACUGUCGAUGCAUCCUCAUCUGCUGGUGAACUUGCCCGACUACGGGAACAAAAUCGACAGAUGGCUGGUGUUGUAUCAAAAAGCAUUGAAUUACUUGAACAAGAACUUUUUGUUCGACAAAAGAAUCGAGAGGCACAAAAUCUAACAGAGCAAGAAAAAAUUGAAAAAAGUUCAGAUGGAUCUCGUUCAUCAUUUGACGAGGUUGUUAGCAGUAAUGAAGAAAAUUCGGCACUUACUGCAAAUGAGAUCUCUAUUCUUCACGCGUUGACAGGUCUCAAACAUGUUCGAGAUGUAUUGGAUGGUACUACACGAGAUUUUAAUCCAGGAGUAUUUUAUGGUUCUAAUCAUAGUUCGGGCGAAGAACAGGAUCACUGGGAAGUUGUUGACGAUGAAGUCAGUGUAGUAAGCGUACUAAGUACUGCUGGAGAAGACGAUGAAACAAGUUCUACCGCAAAAGAUGGAAUCCAAUCAAAGCAUGACAAAAGUUCGUCUGUUACAAAUUCUCUAAAGUCAACAUUGUCGAAUAAUGAUGUGUCUUCAAUAUCCAAAUCUGUUCCAAGAACUCCCUCACCUUCGCCAUCUUAUACAUCAUAUUCAUCUAGUCAUAAUGAUACAAAACAUGUGUUAAAGAAAAGUUCUUCCGAUUCUAUAGCAAAUAAUUCCGCGUCCACUAAUACCAAUGUUCGGCAGCGUACCAGCUCAUCAUCUUCAACAAGAAGUAGGCCUCAAUCGAUUGUCUUUUCCAAACCUAAAAUUAAUUUAGAUGAUGUCCUCGAGGACGUGGCAAAAAGUGAGCCUCAAGGCAAAAUUAAUCCACCGAAAGCUACUAUCUCCUCCAAUUCCAAAUAUAGUUGGAUGGUAGAAGGAGCGGAAAAUGACGAAAAUUCACUGUUUAAUCCGAAACGUGUAGUUUCAAUAAAUAGAAGCUCUGAAGAUGAUAUCUUUAAUCAACCUCCAUCUUCUCCAAAACAACGACGUAUAAGUAAUGUUCGGAGUUCAAUAUCAACUACUAAUACCCCUUUGGCAACUAAUCGAAUUGAUUUGAAUGAUCCGGUGGAUCCACUUGGCGCUACACCUUUUCCAUCUAAAAAUAAUGUUAUUAGCCGAGAUAGAAGUGAAAGUGUAGGUUCAACGUCAUCAUUUGACAAUACACGAUCGAAAAACAGUGUGACUGCAAUCUCUAUUGUACCAACAUCUAAACACACAGAAGACCCGUUGGGUGUUUUGUGA